ACCUUACUGUUAUACACCUGUUAUAAACCUCCUGUAAACUGUUAAAACACCAGAAUAUACAGCUUUCAGAUGACCCUGACCUCCGUGUUGAGAACCUUACUGUUAUACAUGUCGUUAUAAACCUCUUAUAAACUGUUAAAACACCAGAAUAUACAGCUUUCAGAUGGCCCUGACCGCCAUGGUGAGCAUUUUAACAUUAUACAAGUACCAAUCUCAUUCCCAGACACUUCCGCCCAAAUGCUCAAUGAGUCUGUUGGACCAAUGCGUCAAACGUUGCCUUCUUUGAGCCAUGCAUACAGUGGGGCAAAAAACUAUUUAGUCAGCCACCAAUUGUGCAAGUUCUCCUACUUAAAAAGAUGAGAGAGGCCUGUAAUUUUCAUCAUAGGUACACUUCAACUAUGACAGACAAGAUGAGAAAUAAAAUCCAGAAAAUCAAUAAUUUUUAAUUAAUUUAUUUGCAAAUUAUGGUGGAAAAUAAGUAUUUGGUCACCUACAAACAAGCAAGAUUUCUGGCUCUCACAAACCUGUAAUUUCUUCUUUAAGAGGCUCCUCUGUCCUCCACUCGUUACCUGUAUUAAGGGCACCUGUUUGAACUUGUUAUCAGUAUAAAAGACACCUGUCUACAACCUCAAACAGUCACACUCCAAACUCCACUAUGGCCAAGACCAAAGAGCUGUCAAAGGACACCAGAGACCUGCACCAGGUUGGGUGCACCAGGUUGGGAAGACUGAAUCUGCAAUAGGUAAGCAGCUUGGUUUGAAGAAAUCAACUGUGGGAGCAAUUAUUAGGAAAUGGAAGACAUACAAGACCACUGAUAAUCUCCCUCGAUCUGGUGCUCCACGCAAGAUCUCACCCCGUGGGGUCAAAAUGAUCACAAGAAAGGUGAGCAAAAAUCCCAGAACCACAUGGGGGGACCUAGUGAAUGACCUGCAGAGAGCUGGGACCAAAGUAACAAAGCCUACCAUCAGUAACACACUACGCCGCCAGGGACUCAAAUCCUGCAGUGCCAGACGUGUCCCCCUGCUUAAGCCAGUACAUGUCCAGGCCCGUCUGAUGUUUGCUAGAGAGCGUUUGGAUGAUCCAGAAGAAGAUUGGGAGAAUGUCAUAUGGUCAGAUGAAACCAAAAUAUAACUUUUUGGUAACAUCUCAACUCGUCAUGUUUGGGUAUAUAACAAAGUAUUGAGAUAAACUUUUGUUAUUGACCAAAUACUUAUUUUCCACCAUCAUUUGCAAAUAAAUUCAUAAAAAAUCCUACAAUGUGAUUUUCUCAAUAAUUUUUUUAAUUUUCUCUGUCAUAGUUGAAGUGUACCUAUGAUGAAAAUUACAGGCUUCUCUCAUCUUUUUAAGUGGGAGAACUUGCACAAUUGGUGGCUGACUAAAUACUUUUUUUGCCCCACUGUAGGCAUUGGCUUAACCGGCUUGAUCCAGUGUUCAUUUUGACACUCUUUUUUUAGAUUUUGUCUAGUCUUGGUCAUUUUCACUAAAAUAUCAUUAAGUCUUAGUCACAUUUUUGUCAUUUGAAUACUGAUUUAGUCUAGUUAUUGUAAAAAUUAUGAAAACGCUGGGCCAUUUUAGUCAAAUAAAUGCCCUUUCAUUUUAGUAACAUUUUAGUCAUAUCACAUUUGUAUUGCCUCAUUAACCUAUAGUAAACAAAUCACUGACUUCCAUGUGCUUCGGAAAGUGUGUUCGGAAAGAAUUCAGACCCCUUCACUUUUUCCACGUUUUGUUACGUACAGCCUUAUUCUAAAUCAAGCCUUUUCUCCCAGGAACAGAGGGAGACUUGGCUAGUACUUUGGCUACAGAACCUGGCUUUGAAAUGCAGUGGCGAAAGUGUGAGGGUUGAGCAAGACUACAAAUUUAAAGACUUUUCUAUACUCUAGGGAGAGAAAAACAUAGCUAGACUGUUGUUUUACUAUUAAACAUAAUGCUGCAAUUGUUUUUCAUUUAGUAAAGCAGCUUGACCAGGCAAAGGGUAGCUAACUAGAAGGCUGGCGGUGACUGGUUAGCUACGGAGAAACAGGAAAGUAGCCUGCGUAAUGUGUGUAAUAGGAGAAAGCUUGCUUCCCCGCAGCUCACCAGCUGAUGAAGGCUGUGUGCCGGGUGUGGCGCGUCCUUCCACUGCUGAACAGAACUGCGCUGUGCUUCUGUUCUGCUAAUAUUAAUUGUACUUAUCACUGAAAAAUUCUCAAUGACUCCAAAAAACUAUUGCAGUGAGAUUUUAUCCACAGAGAUAAUUUAGUCUCGUCAUAAUCAACUGAUAUUAAACAUAUUGUAACGACCCUGGGUUUAUAAGUGCGGAAAUCGACUCUGCCGCUUGAGCAUGCUUUUGCGGCACAGUCGAUAGCGCAGCGCACCUCGGGCUCGAAGGUCGAAGGCCCUGCUGUUUCAUUACAUUACAUACACAUUAUAUAUAUAUAUAUCUAUAUAUGUGUAUAUUAAAACAUUCUCAGUCUAUUUAGUUAGUUAUCAUCUUGUAAAUUAACACAGAAAAUAGGUAUUCGGUGAAUAUUUUAGUCACUAUUUUUGUUGACGAAAUGAACACUGGAUUCAUCUACCAACCAAUCAUCUCCCACAACACCUUCCCCUAACCCUUCCCCGUACACUAGCACACCUCAAGCACAGAGCCAUGCCUCGCAGUUGUGUGAUUCGUUCAAAUGAAAUGAUGAUAAAUACUUUACUCAGUAAGGUUAAUCCCAUAGAAUUCUACGGUCACUCCAACUAAAGCUAACUUUGAAUUGUUGCUGUACCAGGUUUAUAUGCACUGUUCACAAUAGCCUAGGUAUGAGGUUAUACCAGUUUCUGGCUAAAGGAUAUAUAAUACAUUUUGGAAAGUAUUUGAGGCGCUUGCUUUUCCUUGGGUUGCACUUUUUGUACUAUUCCAUUGGUUCAAUUAUACAUGGAAAACCAAACCUCCCAAAAUAUUUCACAUACUUGACACAAGUCUGUUACAUAUAGCCAGCCUGGUUCCUCUUCCUACAGGCUCACUAGCCAGACCCCAUAGUCUCAAGCAGCAUACGUCUGAUUAAUAUCAGGUCAUUAGAUAACAGAUAGUUAAGAGAUGACAUAACAGAGGUUAUGUAUGGGGACUGUGUGUGUUACUUCCCAAUGUAAAGAAUAUUUUUUAAAGAAUAUCUACCUCAGCCCUCUCCAAAACAAAAUACUUGUUCUUCUGGGACAAACGACUGGCUUUAGACCCUUCUUCUGAAAACCUGAUCUCUCUCUUUCUCUCCUCCUCCCUCCUUCUCUUCCUUCACUCUCUCUGUCCAUCUUUAUCUAAUUUUCUGCUCCUCUGCUAUCAGUCGGUUGGUGCGCUCUUAUUUCUCCAAUUGGGUGAACUUUCAAUUACUGCAUGUGUGCGCGUCCCAAAUGGCACCCUAUUCCCUUUAGUGCACUACUUUUGAUCUGGACCCUGUGGUAGUGCACUAAAAGGGAAUAGGGUUCCAUUUGGGAAGCAGACAGAGCGUUUUCUGGUGUCAGUCUGAAGUCUGGAGUCCCUCAGGUAGAAUGGGGAGUGUAACAGGCAGACAGAGAAAGAGACUGACAGGAUGAGAGAGAGACAGAAAGAGAGCGAGACAGACAGAAAGAGAGACAGACAGACAGAACGAGAGCAAGACAGACAGAACGAGAGAGAAACAGACAGAACGAGAGAGGCAGACAGAAUGAGAGAGACAGACAGACAGAACGAAAGCGAGACAGACAGAACGAGAGAGCGAGACAGACAAAACGAGAGUGAGACAGACAGAAGAAGAGAGAGACAGACAGAACCAGAGAGAGAGAGAGAGAGACAGAACGAGAGAGAGAGACUGACAAAACGAGAGAGAGAGACAGUACGAGAGAGAGACAGACAGAACGAGAGGGAGAGAGACAGAAUGAGAGAGAGACAGACAGAACGAGAGAGAGAAGGCAGGAUGGUCUCCUGGGACACAGAUGAAAAGCGGCUAAUGUGAUGUAGCGGGCACUGAAAGGGCACCAGCCUGCACGGCAGAGAGAAGACCAGUAAACGAUAUGGGGUGUGCAGAGUGAGAAUGAAGGAAGGGCUGAAGAGACGCAAGUCUCAGGAAUCCCUGAAGUGGACGUGACAAGGAUGAAAUAGACAGUGAGGGAGGGAGCCUGGCGGGGGGACGGAGAGAGAUUGAGUCAGCGAUACCACCCCCCCUUAAUCCUCCUCCUCCUACCCUUCUUCCAUCAAGGCUUUGAAGUGGGACUGUCUUGCACUGGGCUCUGAUGUCCAGAGAUAGCAGGACAGAGGAUGACAGAGCGAGGGAGAAGGUCUGAAAGGGAUGGAAGCACGGAGAGAUGAGACGUUAUUAGAUUAGCAGACCAUAACAAGGGUAUUUCAGGACUAACUGAGGACAUUCAUUUAUCUGUGGGAAUAGUGAUCUGAAUAUACAAAUAUGUAUACUAUUAUAUUACUUAUACAAAGUAAAGAUGGCCAAAUAUAACCAAGGGAGGCAUUGUUGUUUCAUGUUUAAAUGUUUGAGGAUCAACUUUAUUAAGCACUACCUAGAGAAAUGAACAGACAGUCAAGUUAAGAUGUGUCAUCCAAUGUGUACCUGGCCUGGCCAGACUCAGUCAUGCUGUCAGUCGGGGUCUCGCUCUGUGGUUCUAUUAGCUGGUUUCAGUUAUUUUAUGAUAGACGGGGCAUGGCAACAUUUUGUUAGGUUGACAGUUAGAGCUUCUGUUCUGGAAAUUCACCUGGGAAUCCACCUUAGGCAUCGGUGACAGAAAUACAGAUCCUGUGUGUGUGUGUGUGUGUGUUUGUGUGCUUGCGUGUGUGUGUGUGGGGGUUCCAGAUUAAUGUUCCUGUAUGUGUGUGUGUGUGUGUGUGUGUCUGGAAUCCCCCUAUCUCCCUCCCCAGUGAUGUUUCCUCUGGCUCAGAUAAAGAAUGCCCUGCCGUGACUGUGCUCUCACUCAGUAUGCAAAAACAUAACCCAUUCACAGUUAGAGACACAGUACACACACACACACACACACACACACACACACACACACACACACACACACACACACACACACACACACACACUCUCAUAGUAGGAUUUGUACCUUUCUGUCCGAUGAUAGAGGGUGAUACCUGCCAGUUACCAACACACUGAGAAUGGCCUGUCUAGUUAUAAAAGGGCACAGUUACAGGCAGGAGGGGCAGCGAAGCAGCCCAGGUACAUACAACUCAUUACCACACCUGGCUCCGCUUGACUCAUUCCAAACUACCCAGGGCACUGAGAAAUGCUGUCUCUGAAUAGAAGAUGUGUCUGUUCUGUCUCCAUCACAGUCAGGAUAUGAAUCAAUAUGAUUCAUAUUCUGCUUUCUUACAGAGUAUAUGAGAGCUGAAUUUGCAUAAGGUACAAAAAGGGCCUCUUCUGGAUUUUCCUUUCCUUAACUGAAACUGGUUUAAUUCAGAAAGGCAGUUGACGGUUUAUGACAAUUCAACUUCUCUUUUAUGUGUUGCAUGUGUGUGUGUGUGUGUGUGUGUGUGUGUGUGUGUGUGUGUGUGUGUGUGUGUGUGUGUGUGUGUGUGUGUGUGUGUGUGUGUGUGUGUGUGUGUGUGUUUGUGUGUGUGUGCGUGUGCGUGUGCGUGUGUGUGAUGGGGUUGCUGCAUCCCUCAGAGGCCCCCUGACAGUUCCUCCCCUGAGUGAAAGGGGGACUCGGGGACCACCCAUCGGGUGGCGCGGGGGUGCAGAUCAAGCUGACCCUGGGAGUAGCUGGGGGUCCAAUGCUUUGUUUGUUGUUUUACAAUGACCUCAGCCUCCUGACACCUGAUUGUCUGUCUCUGAGUGACAAGCCGAUGUGUAAAGCUGCAGAGUUAAGCUGAUGGCUUAGGAAAGAGGAAAAGAGACAACCAUGUCCUUUUUCCUCCCAUCAAACUGAGGAUUAUCAACCUUUUGCUUUUCUCAUAAGCACAUGCAGCACAUUGAGGGGAAACAUGUUUGUUUUUUAUGUAUUUUGGUCCCUAAAUCAAAAGCUAUGAGAUCUUGUCCCCCGCCGCAAGACGCUUUGGCCACACCAGAACAAACUCCUAAUGGUCUGUUUCCUCAAGGCAUAUUUAGAACCAUAUAGUGGCUCAUUAUUAUAAUUGAUUCGGCCUGUGGGGGUUUCCCUGUCCGUCCAUUCAUACCACGGCCAGUCGUUAUAAUGGGAAGCAGACUGGAUUGUCCCAUGAAUGGAAUUAGGCACACACACACACACACACACACACACACACACACACACACACACACACACACACACACACACACACACACACACACACACACACACACACACACACACACACACACACACACACACACACACACACACACACACACUCGCUCUCUCUCUCGGGGAAGCAUCAUGUGCACUGCGUUGCCUAAUUCCCACUGAUUGUUGUUACAUAUUUGCAGCUACCAAAAUAAACUGUGGUUGUUGUAAUACCCAGGGUGAAGAGACAUAUAUACAGGUGUUAGUGUGGGGUAUGUUUCUCCAAAUAGAUACAGGUGUUAAAGUGGGGUAUAUUUCUCCACAUAGAUACAGGUGUUAGUGUGGGGUAUGUUUCUCCACAUAGAUACAGGUGUUGGUGUGGGGUAUGUUUCUCCACAUAGAUACAGGUGUUAGUGUGGGGUAUGUUUCUCCACAUAGAUACAGGUGUUAGUGUGGGGUAUGUUUCUCCACAUAGAUACAGGUGUUAGUGUGGGGUAUGUUUCUCCACAUAGAUACAGGUGUUAGUGUGGGGUAUGUUUCUCCACAUAGAUACAGGUGUUAGUGUGGGGUAUGUUUCUCCACAUAGAUACAGGUGUUAGUGUGGGGUAUGUUUCUCCACAUAGAUACAGGUGUUAGUGUGGGGUAUGUUUCUCCACAUAGAUACAGGUGUUAGUGUGGGGUAUGUUUCUCCACAUAGAUACAGGUGUUAGUGUGGGGUAUGUUUCUCCACAUAGAUACAGGUGUUAGUGUGGGGUAUGUUUCUCCACAUAGAUACAGGUGUUAGUGUGGGGUAUGUUUCUCCACAUAGAUACAGGUGUUAGUGUGGGGUAUGUUUCUCCACAUAGAUACAGGUGUUAGUGUGGGGUAUGUUUCUCCACAUAGAUACAGGUGUUAGUGUGGGGUAUGUUUCUCCACAUAGAUACAGGUGUUAGUGUGGGGUAUGUUUCUCCACAUAGAUACAGGUGUUAGUGUGGGGGUAUGUUUCUCCACAUAUAUACAGGUGCUAGUGUGGGGUAUGUUUCUCCACAUAGAUACAGGUGUUAGUGUGGGGUAUGUUUCCCCACAUGGAUACAGGGAACAUUCAGAACAAGCCAGUGGCUGCAAGCAGCAAGCUGACCUGAGAAGCGGUCGGCUGGUCGGUCGCUAGGUGUUGCCAACAUGAGGAAUUCAUUCCGUUGGCCGGGCAGGAAGUGACAGACUCCAGAUGACUCCCACGACAACAACACUACUUGUUGUCGCUGCGCAGCACGAAAAGUGUAGCCUUGUCCCAGAUCUGUUUGUGCCCUCUUGCCAGCUCUGUGACAAUGACCAAACAGAUCUGGGACCAGGCUACACUUUUCCUGUCUAACAUUGUCGCCGUACGCUGCGCGGCUCCACAACAAGUAGUGUUGAAUUAGAUGAGGUCAGUUUGAGUGUGAAAAAAUCUUAAGUAAGCAUGAUUGCACACAUUUCAGUUCAACUAUGAGUGUGGGUGGGGAAACCACUUACCGUUUACUCACCACUUUUAGUCAUUUUAGGUUCCAGAUUUUCAUUAGAAGCCAGUCAGAUGUCUCUUAUUCAAUGACUCAGUGCUUUCUGUUUUCACUUUUUUGAAUUCCCCAUGACCCUAUCUUGAAUUUCAUGGCCGUGCCAGUAAUGAUAAGUAAUCAAUACAUUUAUCAGUACGUUCCAUGUCUCUUGAGACCCAGUACCUCAACAGACAACAUCAGUCUAAUCCACUACUGUGUGAGAAUUGAGGAAAAAAUAAAACGCUUUAAAAUGAAUUUCUCAGUCAUAGCCAAGGAUGAAUCUCAUUGGAAGGUUUUGUCUGUGACUCCAGUCCUUUAUGUUCUCACUGUCAGACAAUGUGCUUCCACUCUGGAGAGACACUCAGGCAACAACUCAGCUUAGUUUGGAAAGGGAAAAACCCCACACAUCAUGCAGCAGAGCACAUGCAGCCCUCUCUGGGAAUGUUUAGAUAUCUCCUCAACGGAAAAGGGAAAACUUCCCUCUUUCUCUCCUCUCUCUCCAUGCUCCAACUGCAGCGGGAGAAGAGGGCUGUCCCCAAACACACGCACGAGGAUAUGAAUGCACACACACACACACACACACACACACACACACACACACACACACACACACACACACACACACACACACACACACACACACACACACACACACACACACACACACGCACACACACACACACACACAGACACACAGACACACACACACAGGCAGUACACACACACGCACACACACACACACACACACACACACACACACACACACACACACACACACACACACACACACACACACACACACACACACACACACACACAGACACAGACACACACACACAGGCAGUACACACACACACACACACACACACACACACACACACACACACACACACACACACACACACACACACACACACACACACACACACACACACACACACACACACACACACACACAGACACACAGGCAGUACACACACACACACACACACACACACACACACACACACACACACACACACACACACACACACACACACACACACACACACACACACACACACACACACACACACACACACAGACACACACACAGACACACACACACAGGCAGUACACACAUACACAAACACACACACACACACACACAGACACACACACAGACACACACACAGACACACACACACAGGCAGUACACACAUACACAAACACACACACAGGCAGCGGUGGAGAGCACAAUGCACAGUGAACGUCUUAUUUGGUAUUUCCUGUGUAACCCCUACAGCCAGCCAGGCAGCGCACCCCCUGCACUUCAGGCCCCAUCUGUGUUAAUUGUUGACGGGCUCUUGGCCACGGUUCAGGUCGAG